AUGAAACGAGUACAUGUUGAAAGAAGCACUAUAAAGUAUUAUUUGAAUCGCGUGCAUUGCUUGUCAUCUAUAACAGAUAUUGAAGAGAAACACAACUUUAUACUAAAUACGUUUUUGGCAUUUCAAAAAGAUGGUUGGACAUUAGCACUACAUCCACAAGUAUGCAGAUGUUUAGAAGAACUAAUAACAGAUGCAAACGUGGAGUGUAUUGCUCUCUUGCUAAAAAUUCUAUCCAAAGAUUGGGGUCGACUAAUCAAUAGCAAGUUUGCAUAUCAUUUGCUUCACAAGGCAUUGUUUAAAUGUCAAUCACCUGAAUAUAACGCCGACGAAUUGAUUGUUGAUCAUAUACGAAGUUUCUGUACUCAUAUGAAAGAAAAUCUGUCAGUCUAUAUAACCAAUAUUCAUACAACGCAUACAUGUCGCAUUUAUCCACAAAUUUUAGCUGGAGUUCCUUUAGAAAAGGACAAGAAAACAAAUACUUAUAAGUCAUCUGUUCAACUUGUCACACCGUACGAUGAAAAUUAUAUUCAAUCACUUAAUGAGUUGUGUAAGGAGUUCUUAUUUACGAAAGCAUUGAAAAAUCAUGUGGUCGACGAACACCUCUGUCCAUUUAUUCAAGUAUUAUUGCUUGUUGCAUCAGCUCGUCUUCCUGAUGUAUUUACGAAAAAGUUUAAAAAGGUUAUGAAGUAUUCUGGUUUGUUUAGUCUGAAUUUACAAGAAGACGAUUCGAUUACAAGAUAUCUUGGUUCUUAUACUCACCCAGUUGCCACCUACUUUGCUGAACUUCUCGUGGAGGUUAUGCCAGGGGUUAAUUUUGCAGAAUUUUUAAACACUCAUAUUUUAUCAGAGUGUUCACUCUCUUUGGAUAGCAAUGAUUCAAAUCCCGUAACAGUAGCAGAUCUUCUUAUGUCAAAUCCAACAGCCAGUCGUGUGUUACGAGCGGUCAUUCGACGUUUAGUAAAACCAGUUGAUAUUAAAAACUUUUUCACUGUUAUUCAAUCGUGCAAAAGUAAUAAAUUUGGGAUACGUAGCAUUAUUCCCAAUAAACAGCAUGGUAUAUUAACAGAUUUAGCUGAUUUAUGUAUCAGGCAUCCUUCUGAAGAAUUUCAACGUACAUUCCUACGAUUGCUACCGUCAAUUUUUGGUUUUACUGAAAAACAUUCUUCUUCAAAAUCUAAAGAAGAUUUAUUCAUUCGUUGUCUUGUUGGAAUGAUAUCUCUAAGUGAAUUAAAUGAAUACAUCAAUAAUCAAUCAGUACAAGAAAAGAAUAAUAAUAAUAAUAAUAAUAAUAAUGAUAAUCACUACUCUGACACUAAAGAAGAUCUAAUCAAUCCAGUCACUGUACCAGGAUGUUUAUUUGUUGAAAGUUUAUUUAAAUUCACUUAUACUCAUCCUAUUAAAGUGAUUAAUAGUUUAUUAAGUCAAUCUUCUAAACGUUUAAUUGUAUGGGCACAACAUUAUCAAUUAUCCAGGUUAUUAGAAGCGAUAAUUUUAUCAGAAUGUGUCAUUAAUGAAUUGAAAAUUACAUUAUUGAAAUCUUUAAUGAAUGGCUUCUCUGUAUUGGCAUGUCAUCGUAGCGGUAGUCAUGUCAUUGAAGCAUUAUGGACGGCUACAAAUACUUUACCUCAAUCAAUAAUUUAUAAAGAAUUAAUGGCAGAACAAUUAACUAAUACUACUAAUCAUCUUCAUUCACAUAAAUAUGGACAUUUUAUUUAUAAUAAGUUAUCUUUAGAACUUUAUAAGAAUAAUAAAACUCUUUGGUUAACUCGUAAUAAAUCAACUCAAGCAAUGAAUAAUAAACGGCUUGCUGUUGUUGAAAAAUCACAAGAUAUUAAACGACCACGAAAAUCACUCCAAUAA